AUGAGCCAAAAGAUCGAUGCAGCAAAAACGUUAGAAACAAGAGUAAAUUUUGGCCAAACGGAAAAAUCUUCUAAAUCACUUCAAAGAAAAUCUAACGACGAAAAGAGCGACGGUAAAAAUAUAUCCAAUAAAAGGAAAUCUCAUAUAAAUAAAAAAUCGGCUAAAUCAACCGUCCCCGAGAAAUCAAAAGUUGUUCCCGAUGAGUAUCUCGUCCUACAAUAUAAAGCUCUCAAAUAUGAACUGGAAGAUGAAAUUGAUGAAAAUAAAAGAAUCAAGAAAAAAGAAGCGGAAAAAUUAUUGAAACAAAAACUUGCACUGGCGAAGGAAAAAUUCAAAUUUGAGGACAACGACGAUGAAAUAACAUAUGUCUUGUGUGGUUUGUUUACUUUUAAAACUCCUAAAAAUACCAAGUUGCCGGUCUCGUUGGCUGGAGAAAGGACGGCAAGUGAAGAGAGAUUUUUGCAUGUUAGAGAAAUAGAAAAGGCUAAACAGAAGAUGUUAAGAAAGCAGCGUGAGGAAUAUGAAGCUGAUCCUAUAGCAGUAAAAACAAGGAUUGCUGAAAUGCAAAAAGCUAAAAAGAGACAAAUAUUGAAUAAAUGA